UCAAUAGCGCUCUACUUCGGCCGUUACUUUGUUCAGUGUCUAGCUGUCAAUUUCAUGGCCUCCUAAAUAACUAUGCUUGUACAAGUGUAAAUUUGAUCACUAGCUUUGACAUUUCAAAAUGUGUUGCUUUCUGAUGUGAUUUAAUUGUUUUGCCAGUGAUGUAGCCGCUGUGAAGUGUUUACGAUAUGCUUAUAGUGUUAAAAAUGGAGUGUAUAUUUUGUGCAUUAAAACUAGUAUUUUGUUAGCGAACCUGACAGACACAUUUCAUAAAAUAUUAGCCGUGCACCUGAGAAAUGGGGCCUCCGCCCGUUGUCACUGGAGUAUCCCCAAAAGAAGGACCUCCAGGGACUCGUGUUACUGUCAGAGGUGAAUUUUUGGGUACCGGGCCAACUGAUCUUCAAGGAUUGACUAUUUGCGGCUGUGACUGUUUACUAUCAGCAGAAUGGAAAUCCCCAAACAAAAUUAUUGCUCGAUCUGGGCCAGGAAAGGGUCGGGGAGAUAUUAUUGUCACAACUCGUUAUGGAGGAAGAGGAACAUCUACAGUGCAGUUCCGAGGCUACCAUGAGACCAUUGGGCCAAUGAAAGAGAGUGCUGUAUGGGUAGAGGAAGCACCCUUGCAGACUCUUGCUUGGGGACGUCGAUCAUUGUCUCCUACAAGCUAUCAGCAGGAAGACCCACUUGGUCUUUCAAUAGAGGAGAAUGAUAAGAAGUUCCCAGAAGAUGACCUACAUGAACUGUUUCCUGAGGGCUCAGGUGAUUUGGUGUCAGAGCAGUUCGUAGCUGGCUGGUUUCUGCUGGAGCAUCAUCAUGCAACAACAUUCGAUGAUUUGCGAGCUGGUCUUGCUUUCUUACGUCGGAAGGUUGAUGGCCAAAAAGAGGGACAACUCUCCUUCCUGAAAGCAAAUGCAGGCUCAGUAAUGGACCAGUUAGACACACUUAUGAUCUUGAAAGAUAGAUUUGAAAGUGAUAUGAAAGAACAUGGCCCUGAUCCAACAGCAAAAGUGGAAAAGGCAAUUCAAGAAUCUGUGCUAGAGGCAAACAAGCUGUUUGAUGAGGUCCUGGCAAGACGGGAUCGUGCUGAUGCCACACGAAAUGCUCUAGGAGUGCUGCAGAGGUUUAAGUUCCUAUUCAGCUUACCUGUGAGCAUUGAGCGCAAUAUUCGGAAAGGAGACUAUGAUGUUGUGAUAAAUGACUAUGCACGUGCCAAAAACCUGUUCAGUAAUACUGAUGUUGCUAUUUUCAAGAAGGUUCUGGUAGAAGUUGAACAACGAAUCAGCAGAUUGAGAGAAAUUUUACACAGUAAGCUGCAGGAUAUGCCAUCAACUCUCGAAGAACAGAAGAAAAUUAUAAGAAAUUUGGUGAAUUUAGAAGCAACAGGUGACCCAGCAUGGGAUGGAAUAUCCUGUCAUUCUACAUUCAUUUCUCAGCGACUCACUUCGUGUAGAGAUGAACAUAUUGCGGCAGAAAUUGCAGCUGGAGAAGAUACAAGUAAAACAUCUAAGUCAGGCCUGCAAUCAACUCCUUUAUCACACAAGUUUGGCAAGUCAACCAAAAACAAUAACAACUCACAACCCCAGGAAUGGCUGAGUUCAGUUCCUCAGAGGGUGCUGUUUGUGGAGGAGCUGACACAAAUUGUGUCGAAUAGGUUUCCAGAUUUGUGGAAACUGGGACAAGCUUAUUUCAGCGGAGAAUUGAAUGUUAGGGUUGAGCCAAGCAGGCAGGCUCAGUUCAAGAGGAUGGUACUGACAACAAUUGAGCUGUUUUCGGGACUAUUGCGUGCUGCGGUCUUGCCACACACACUGGAUCGAAUGUCCAUACAACGACAGACAUAUGGGACAUGGCCUAGCCAGGGGAUGGAAGGGGUUGGUCCAUGGCUUCCUCGCUGCCUCCGUUAUGUACGAUCCACAUACAGUUCUUUGAUAAGACUUGAUCUCCCAGGUGAAGCACUGGAUAUAGUAGCCAUCCUCAUAUUUGAUUUACGGGUACACUGUAUGAGCACUUUGUUCCAACAGGCAUCAGAACAUGUUAAAUCCCUACACAAAAUGGAAACUUGGAAAAUAGAAUUUGACAGCAAGCAUGGUGGCAUUACUGCCUUGCCAUCACAAUUUGAAAGCAAGGUACAAGAGGUAGUACAGCUUGUAAAGGAGUCUGUGUUGCUGGGAGAACAUAGAGAGACCCCACUUCUUGAAAACAGCAAUGCUCAGAGAGAGUUGAGUGCUCUUGUCCAAGGCUUGCUUCUUAGUUUCUCACAGUCACUGGAGAUCUUAGCAUCCAGUAAUGAAGCAAUGAUGCAAGAGAACCAUUCAACAGCAGUCUCACAGCUCAUUGGAUCUCCAGCAAUCUAUAGAGGUCGUGAGAAAGAAAGUAGUGGUCCAGCAUGGGAGCAGAAAUUGCUGACAACAUUAAGCAAUUGCCAGUACACUGCCAAGGUUGUGUUACCCCAUCUAUCAGAGCUGUUCACACGUUAUGGCUUCCCAUCUCCCACAUUGCCUAUUGCGACUGCUACCAAUGCUUUGAGUGUGCUGGACAGACGGAUUCUUGAGAUUUACCUUGAGCAGAAAAGUGAUCCAUUGGUUGGAACAAUAGAGCCAUCUAUGUACCUAGGACGAUUUGACUGGGAUACAAGACAAAAACCUACAGACAUUAGACCCUAUGCCAAGGAGAUCAUUGCCAACAUGAUUGGUGUGCAUGCAGAGGUACAUCGGGUGUCCCCAAAUCUUGUAUCAUGUGUACUGACACAAAUAGUUGAGACAGUAGCAGAAGAACUGUCACGUUUGAUGUCGUGUGUAACUCGUUUUAGUGUGGAGGGUAACCAGCAAGCUCGGGCUGACAUUCAGGCUGUACAGGAAACAGUCAGAUUGUUCACUACUCCAACAGCUCAAAGUUUCUUUGAUGAAGCGUUAGAGGCAAUUCCUCCACUACCUAGUACAGCUGACAUGAAGGUUGUAAAGGACAUCUUGCUCAAGUUUCACGUCCGCAUGCGACUGCAGCUGAUGGCCUUCGGGGAUACUAAGAAUCAGCAGACUGCAGCUGUACCUGACAUGUGAUGUUAGCAAGAGGACAGAGGGUCAAGGAGUGGAAGCCAUAUGGAACUUCCAGUCUCUGCAAUAUACUGGGAAACGCCUGUUUAAUUUAUAUAUACAGAAUAAUAAGUAUUCUGCAGAGUCAUGGCACUUCCCUGAAUGUGUAUUUAAAAUGUGUGCAUAGAUUUUUGUGUAAAGAUUGUACCAAAUGUAUAUGUGCAGUGUUAGAACAGUUCUUAGAUAUCUCAAAGAUAGACAUAUAUUUACUUAGUUAUUUCAUUAGUCAUAGGAUAAUUCAAAAUGAUAUUAAAGUAAAAGAAUGUAAGAUACAUUGGAGCACCUAUCACAAUAUGGAGUUAUGGAAGGUAUUUUGCAAAAGAGGAAUUUGAAUUUUCAAUCCAAAUCCA